GCUAGAUCGGUCGGUUGUGCGGCAGUGUCACAUCCAACGACCCGAGCUCCUAACUUGUACAUAACUUUUUUUUAUACAAAACGAAAAACAUAAACCAAUAAACCAAACAUGUGUGACGAAGAAGUUGCUGCACUCGUAGUUGACAAUGGCUCCGGUAUGUGCAAGGCCGGUUUCGCCGGAGACGACGCUCCUCGCGCUGUCUUUCCAUCUAUCGUCGGAAGACCACGCCACCAGGGUGUCAUGGUUGGUAUGGGACAGAAGGAUUCCUAUGUUGGUGACGAAGCCCAAUCAAAAAGAGGUAUUCUUACCUUGAAAUAUCCAAUUGAGCACGGUAUUGUCACCAACUGGGAUGAUAUGGAGAAGAUCUGGCAUCACACGUUCUAUAAUGAACUUCGAGUGGCCCCUGAAGAACAUCCCGUACUUCUCACUGAGGCACCUCUCAAUCCGAAGGCCAACCGUGAAAAGAUGACACAGAUUAUGUUUGAAACAUUUAACACCCCCGCGAUGUAUGUCGCUAUUCAGGCUGUACUUUCGCUGUAUGCUUCUGGACGUACUACCGGUAUUGUAUUAGAUUCAGGUGACGGUGUCUCACACACCGUACCAAUCUAUGAAGGAUACGCUUUGCCUCAUGCUAUUCUCCGUUUGGACUUGGCUGGCCGUGAUCUGACUGACUACCUCAUGAAGAUCCUCACCGAAAGGGGAUACUCCUUUACUACCACGGCUGAACGUGAAAUUGUUCGUGACAUCAAGGAAAAACUCUGUUACGUUGCCCUCGACUUCGAGCAGGAAAUGGCAACUGCUGCGUCAUCCUCUAGCUUGGAAAAGAGCUAUGAACUUCCAGACGGUCAAGUAAUUACCAUUGGUAACGAAAGAUUCCGUUGUCCUGAAGCUCUCUUCCAGCCAUCCUUCUUGGGUAUGGAAGCCUGUGGUAUCCACGAGACAACAUACAACUCAAUCAUGAAGUGCGAUGUCGACAUCCGUAAAGAUUUGUAUGCCAACACUGUCCUUUCUGGAGGUACUACCAUGUAUCCUGGAAUUGCCGACAGAAUGCAAAAGGAAAUCACUGCCCUAGCACCAUCUACUAUGAAAAUCAAGAUCAUCGCACCACCUGAGAGGAAAUACUCCGUAUGGAUCGGUGGAUCGAUUCUUGCAUCUUUGUCUACCUUCCAGCAAAUGUGGAUUUCUAAACAAGAAUACGACGAGUCUGGACCAUCUAUUGUCCACAGGAAGUGCUUCUAAGCACAUCUUUGAUAUUCUUGCAUACUAUCAUUCCCCGAAUCCCGAGAGCGGCCUCUGUCUCGUUUCGCAGGCGGACGUAACAUCAACUUCCGCAAUAGUAAUUGUCCUUUGGUUCCUCCGGGGCGAAGGUAGCUUCUUUCGAUUCGGAUGUACGUGGGACAUAAUUAGCGCAGAGGCAAUCCUAAACAUCUUUGCUCCAUUCAUUUUUCAUCAUUUAAUUAGACACUAUUGUAUCUUAAACGUACCCCCCGAAUUCCUAAAUACCCUCCUAUCCUAUCGAAUCCUUUGUAUUAUAUAUUCAAAUAACAUUGCCUAUGGUAGCAUCUAGCUAACCACCCUCACGAAAAACAUCUUUCUUAUUGUCAUCGCGAUAUUUCAUUCUACAAUCGAAAUAAUAACUUGUUUUUUUCUUUUUCGAACAUGCUAUAUAUUUGCCAAUUUUUAAUAUUCGCCAGUUUGAGCUGAAGGAAACUUAUGUAAAUUAUUUCGGAAUAUCGUUCGAUGCAGGAUGGAGCCGUUAUUGUGCGUAUCCUUAAUGCACGAGAGAUCUUUUAAUUUGGUUAUCCUCCAAUUAAAUGCAUUCCGCUACUUUGCUCCGCGGUAUUUAACAUUUGUGUCGGUCUUUUGAGAAUUUAUCAUUCCCAGCGGAGAUAAGCCUUCGACUUAUUAAUCAUUUUUUACUGUUACCAAUCGUUGAGGGAAAAGAUGGCUCUUUCCUUUCUUU